GCAGAAUUUUGUGAGGCUAAUCUGAAGGAAGCGGGGGAGAAAUAUCGCCUUCAGAUGGCACUCCCUUCUACUGCCUCCGAUCCUUCUUCAGGUAUGGAAGAUAUAUUACAAUAGUAUGGUCGUUGGUGCUGACAUCCUUUUCGCUUCAUCCGCAGGAAGCCCACACGAGAUCUCAGAACCGGUCCCUCCGUCCUCGAAAGAGCCUAUCAAAUACGAGGUUCUCGAACCAAACGAUCUUGAUUACGAUAAGUACCGUGCUAGAGUUAUCUUCGAGUGCGACCCGUGUCCCCAACAGUAUCAGCAUGUUGAAUGGAAAGACACCAUGCACAUUGUAUGGAAUGGGGAGUACACGGACCAGAACCGCAUAAGCGUAGAGGGUGUUACUUCCAAGAAGCUUGUCCGUCAGGAUGGCUAUCACAUGACGGAGGUAACCAGACUGUUUCAGCGCUCCAGUGCUGCAUCAAAAUGCCACAUCUGGAGGAACGGCAAGACAUUUCGAAACGAGUUCAUCAACAGCGACGGCAAGACCGACGUUAAGGCAAGGAAGCGGCCAUUGAAGAUUACUCUGAUCGAACAUGAGCCCAUCGGGCCUAUACGCGAGGCCGAAGUGUGGGCUGACAACAUUCGAGAUAUUGUCAAGCACACCUUGUCGCAGUACAAUCCCGGCAGCCACUUCACGAUCCGUAUCAAGAUGAAAAUGGAUCUCUAUACGGCAGCUGGUCACUACUCAUCCUUGCACGCACGACUUGUCUCGCUCGUCAAGGACUAUCCAAAGAAUGUUGAAGUGCAGUUCGAGGAAGUCCCUGAUCUAUCACUCGAUAUGGUUAGAAACAACUAUACGCAGUGGUACCAAAACAACCAGGAGCUAGUCAGCAAUUCUCUAGCAGUGUGCCAGGAUCUAUUCAACACCGUGGCCUACGUAAAAGAGAAUGGCGUGCCUCCACCUCCACCACCUCCGAAGCGAAAGCUGAAGUGGCAACAGAAUCCCAAACAGCCUAGAAAGCCCCGAGCACCCAGAGAGACUAAGCAGACUGAAAUGUCUCAGGAUGCUAUGAACGACGGUACUGCUACAAAGCAACAAAAUAGCGACACGACCGAAAAGGACAAUAACGAUAGCAAUGUCGCCGGUUCACUGAAAAGGAAGGGAGACCACCUCGCAGAUGAUACUGAGAAUGGACCCAAGGCCAAGAAGCCACGAUGUCCCAGAGUCAUAAAGGAGAAGGUUCUGAGUGCAGCCGAAAUAGAAGAAGAAGAGCGUAUCAGGGAAGAGGCUAGGGUUCGGCGUGAAGCCUACCAGACGCAGACAGUUGCAAAGGGCGGUCGCAAAGCAGCUCGGAUGGCUCUUUAUGAGGAAGGAAGAUUGAGAAAGCUCGCAUUAGCUCAACAAAAGAACGCAACUACAUCACCUAGUAAUGACGAGAAGGUUCUAGAGGGUCAACCCGAGUUGGCUUUGCAGCAGCAAACUGGAGCUGCAACCACCACGCCAUCGACAUAUACGAAUGGCUCCGGGUCUCCAAUAAUUAUUAUUGAUGAUCGAUUGAGGUCAUGAGGACGAAACGGGUGUCUUCACUGGCGAUAUAUGGAAGACCACUGAACGGGAUGCAACAAUUCCCCACAUAUUCAUGUUUUUUUUUUCUAGCGACCUGAUAUUUUGUUCCGAUUUGCAAGACACGUUGCCAUCUAAGAAUGGCCUUGCAAAUCCCAACCACAGUUUCAAACUGUCUCCGAAAAGUAUAUAUAAAUCGAAGUUCUCCCCA